UCAAGAUAUUUAAAAAACAAUACAAUAAUAAGAAUGUGAUAUCACAAAUUAUUAAUAUUUAAUUUAACAUUCGGUACAUUCUUCUGUUUGCAAAAUGUCUUCAAACGUUGAGGUAGAGCCAGGUGCGGCUACAGAAAGUGGUCUAGUAACUACGGACUCUUUUGAAAAUUUUGAACAAAUGAGCUCUAGUUUAGAAGAGAUCAAGAAUACUAAUGCUAUUUCCCAUAGUGAAGAAUCUAAUGAUAAUACUCACAGUGAUAAUUAUGAGGAAAGCACGAACACGGUAGAAGGCUCAGAAGACGAUGAUUAUUUUGAACACAAUAAAGAAUGGACUAGUAAAAAUAAACAUGUAUUUGUUUUAAGUUUAGCAGGGAAACCUAUUUAUUCAAGGUAUGGAAAUGAGGAUAAAUUAGCAUGGUUAUUUGGAGUAAUGCAAACUUUAGUUAGUUUUGUUCAAUCAAGCGAUGACUGUAUAAAAAGUAUUCAUGUGGGAGAUACGAAUUUUGUAUUUCUAGUCAAAAAACCCUUAAUAUUAGUAAUUGUUUCAAAGACAAAAGAAAGUGUCCAACAACUUACAUCUCAAUUAAAUUAUGUAUUUAAUCAAAUAACAAGUAUCUUAACAUUGACACGAUUAAGUAAAAUAUAUGAACAAAGGCAGAACUAUGAUCUAAGGAGAUUGUUAUCUGGUGUAGAAAGGCUGAUCGACCACCUCUUAAAUUUCUCAGAAACGGAACCUUCCUUCUUUUUAGGUGCUGUACAGUGUCUUCCCCUUGCUUCUUCUGUGAGAGAUUCAAUAAGUUCUGCUAUCGUUGGUGCAUGCAACAAAAUUAAGAAUUUGGUUUUUGCCAUAUUAUUAGCCAACAAUAAACUGAUAACUCUGGUCCGCAUGAAGAAAUAUUGCUUACAUCCCGCAGACCUACACUUAAUAUUCAACUUAGUACAAGCUUCGGAGAGCCUAAAGAACUCCGAAAGUUGGACGCCACUUUGUUUGCCACGUUUCGAUCCGAGCGGAUUCCUUUACGGUCAUGUUUCCUACCUCUCCGAAGACUGUCAAGCCUGUUUGCUUCUUCUAACAGUGGAAAGGGACGUGUUUUUCGUUUUAAGCGAAGCUAAGCAACGUAUCGUCGAGAAACUCCGAAGGGGGAAUUGCUUGGAAGCGAUCAACGAAUCUUUGAUUACGAAGGAAGAAACCUGUUUUACUGCGGGAUUCCCUGAGAUCAGGCAUUACUUGUACAAAUGUAAAUCCACGGCACAGUUCUAUCAGCCUUGCCUGAGCCCUCCGUAUACCCAAACAAGGCAGCAUUUAAUAGACGUUUAUAAGAGAGCACAUCAAAGACUUCAUUGCCCGACUAGGCCUUUGAAGUUGGUUUUUGAAAGAAGUUCCGAAGAAGCCAUUUUAGCAUGGGACACAAAAGGUUUUGAAUUGUAUGUUGUUUUUGAGCCUUUGAUAACCACAAAUAAUGUGAUCGAUAUGGUAGGACGGUUGUUGAACUGGAUAAAAAAACGGGAGGAAAAAUUGUUCCAUUUAAAUGCACCUACAUUUUAAAUUAUUUCUGCUUCACGCAAUGUGUAAAAUAGAAUGUACAUUUUCUGUGUAAAAAAAAUAUUUUAGAUACUUAUAAUUGAGUAAGCCUUCAAGAACUGAUUAAUAAAAUUUGUGGUAAGGAUUCAUUUAAAUCUUGUAACUGUUAAGUGCUUUUGGGUUAUUGAUAAUGGUGUAUUGGAUCAUUUUUCUAGUUCAAUAAAACCCUCAAACAGUAGUAAAAUUAGUACAAAAGGGCAUACAAAAAUUUGAUUUAUAAGAAACCUUUAGAGCAUUUGCAUACAGGGUGUUCUAUUUAAAACUCUCCAGCCUGUAUCCCAAAAUCUAAAAGGGAUAGUGAAGUUCUGUAAAAAAAUGUUGUGUAAUACUCUUUGAAACAGUUAAAUACAAAAAAUUUUACUUCAAAUUUGAGAAAAUGUGUUUCUUAAACAAUGUCCAUUGUUCACUACAGAUGUACCGAAACCUACAUAAAAUAUACAGUGUCGUUCGUAGUGUUCUGUGAAAUGUUCAGGUUAGAAUUUUGAAAAAAUUUUUCUCAAACUAGGUUUGACUGUACAAAAAUAACCUCAGAUUCGUGUUCAGCACCUUCGAAAUAAGCAGUAGGAUGACAAUUUGGGAAGGUGACAAAAUGGUAAAUAAUAAUAGGUGCUUCAAAAAGACGUUUUUCUAUUGAAACGAUUAAAUUCUGUACUGGUUUAUUUGAAACCUUUUUUAUCCCGAUUUUGGUUAAAUUGGUAUUAAAACUUAUUUUAUCCAGAUUUGUGUCUGACCAUAUACUUUUAAUUUAUCUAAGUUAUAUACACUAUGAUUUGAAAGGAUAUACAGUUGAGUGAAUGGCAAAAAUUUGGUUAUGUUUAUAUCUUCAGCUCAUGACGUCAUUGUUGUUUAAGAGCUAAAGUAACAGCGAUUUUUUUAAUAGCUGCAUGAAAAUCGCAAUGUGGUACAUAAGAAAAUUUUCAAGAAGAGAAAUAGUAUUAAACUUAUAAGCAGGUCAACAGAAAUUUCGUCAAAAUUGUAGAAUUUUUUAUUAAGUUAAUUGCAUAAAAAUAACCAUCAUCUGAUUGUCAACAGUAUCUCAGUCUAUCCACAAAUUCCUGUUACACUUAUACUCUCUUAUUCUAUCUGAUAUCUUAUUUUCUCUUCUAAUAAAUUAAAAUUACAUUUUCUUAUAUAACUGACUUUUAAUAUCACCUAGGCCAUACCCACACUUUUUUGAUCUAUCACCUUUGACUUAUUUAAAUAUUCCUGGACUGGUAUAGCAAAGAGCGGUAGGGCUUCAUCUUGAUAUCACAGGGUGUUACUAGGGAUAUCAGGAUCAUAAUGUUGCCUCCGCAUCUAAAAUCUUGACACACAUGUACUACAUAUUUUUUUACAAAACUUAUAUAUCUUGGUUUUGUGAGACAUCAGGUUGUGAAGUUUUAAAUAGAGCACAGCGUAAAGUUGUUGUGAAAUAACCUAUAUACAUGAGUAUUUAACAAAAACAGAAACCCUACCCCCAUCAAUGGACUUCAUAUUUCCAAACAAGAGUUGUGACUACAAUUAAAGAAGUGCUGUGGCUCUAAAUAUAUGUUUUUAAUAGAAGCAUUAAAUAUAUUAAUUUAAUAAGUACAUAUACAGGUUAUAGCAAAAGUAUGGCAGAAUAACUCGGUGGGAGAGCAUUUUAGAGAAAAAAUUUUAAAUACAAAAGUUUCAGGAUUUCUCCCUAGCUAUCCGAUG